UGCCAGGAACGAUGGUGAAUUUCAAAUAAAUAAUUAAGUGUUUUUUUUUUGUUUUAUGCUGAAGUAAAAAUACACGAACAUUAACAAAGUUUAGCAAGGAUGCGAGGUGUGUGGUGGAGCGCAUUCGCGCUGCUGCUGCUGGUAGCAGUGACCAGUGCCAUUCGCGCCGCACAGGUGGAAGGCACAUCGCGUAUCAGCAGACGACUUCCAAAUCCCGAUAGAAGUCCUACAAGUUCAAAUAAAUCAGAAGAUGACUCUUCUACGUCUAGACCCCGAGGCUCAAGAAGACGAGAAGAAAAUCAACCACGAGAUAUUUCAAGAACGAGAAGCAGAAGCAGGCCUACUGAGUCCCCAUCUUUUACUACUGAUAAAUCUCAACACCAAACUGAAAGAAGUGACAGAUUUGAUUCAAGAAGAUCGAAUAGUCGGGUGCGUAGCAAGCCGGUUGUCAACGAAGCGAACUUUGAUACUACAGUGAAUAGGGAAAAUCAAUCAAAAAUUCGAUCUCGACAAUCCAGCAGAUAUGUGUCGACUCAAUCAACGCAGGUCCCUCUGCUAAGUACGUCGCCGACCAUAGGCAUGAUACAAAAGGAUUUCACCGAUAUUGCUUUUAAUGAUAUAACAAAAACAUUGUCAAAAGAUGUCGGCGAACUUAGUUCACAAGUAAGAAGAAGAAGUUCAACUGUGCGAACAACUGAAAGUGUAAUGGCUCCCAGAGGUCGCGUGCGUAUUAAUACACGUACAAAUGUCCGGGCACUAGAUUUAGAUGUUUCAGGAACGGCUAAUGCGUUAUCUACAGCUCCUAAAGAACCGACUACUGCAAGAACUGAAGACAUAAGAAACUCAAGGAAAUUAAGAUAUAAAACACGACAAUCUGAAACGGAUACAAAUUUAACUGGUGAAGGAAUAGCAACAUCUAAUGAAGUGAAAUCUAGUCAAAUUAGAGAAAAUAUUACUAGUCAGACGGAAUUGAAAUCUUUUUCUCGGUCUACAACUGAAAAAAAUUUAAGACAUAGUACAGAAAGAAGUUCUUUAAAGUCGAGUACUCUAAAAACAACAAAAGUUGUCAAACGACCAGUUUCACGGAGUAAAGGAAAAACGCCAUCAACCGCCGAAAAACAAAAAGUAUCAGAUGAAAUCAAAGAAGAUGAUAACUAUCCUGAAACAUUUAAAGCUUUGAUACAAGCUAAGAAUGCAUCGCUACGCAGUAAAAUAAACAUGGAAGGUAACAACAGUAACAGUCAAAUUGAAGAGAAGAUACCUGUUAUAACAACAACGUCUACUGAAAAGCCGAAAGCUAAAUCUGCAGAAUAUCGUCUAAGGGGAUCGUUUAAGCCAAGAAAUAAAAAAUCAAACACAUUAUCUGCAUCAACUUCAGUUCCUUUUAGUCCAUCCAUCGAUCGAACUUAUAAAUUUCAAAGAAAAGUCAAGUUAACUUCAACUGAAGCAUCAAACGUUGAAAAUACCAGUCAGAGUAAAGGCAAUGAAACUAAUAUAUCUUUUAAGAAACCUGCUGUGCGUUCAUCCUUUUAUUUAAGGAGAAAUGCUUCAAAAAACUUUAGCACAAACUCAGAACUAUCGACCAAAAAUGAAACGUCAAAAAAUUAUGAAGGAAAAUCAAUAUUUAAAUCAAAACAGUUGCUGCCGAGAACUUCCUAUUAUUCGAGGCUAAGAAAUAACGGAUCGAGUACAACAUCAACAACCGAUUCAAGCAUAAAAAAUGUAACAGAAGAAAUAGCAAAUGCAGAGAAUAAAGUAGAGAAUACAGCAGAAUUACCUAUAAUUUAUACAGAUGGUUUACCCAAAGUAAGUGACAACGCAAACAUACAAGAAAGUCGUAACUUUAUUAUAACUGUUAACAGUAAGGAAUCUUCAGAAAAUGGAACUGACAAUGAGGUAAUAAGUAUAACAGAAGAAAACGAAAAUAAAUUUAUGAAUAACUUUGUUAGCACAACUCAAAAAUAUCACGCCACUUACAAAGAAAAUAAUAAUGAUAUUUCUUCAUCGUCCAACGAAAAGUCAACUGUUACCCCACCUAUUAGGAACAUACGAACAAGAAAAUAUGGUCGGAAAUCGUCAAAACCAAGAGAAGAGUUUUCAGUUGUGACGUCGAAAUCUAGAGAAAGAAAUUUAAGAAAAUAUAGUGAUACUUUUUCAAAGACUACGGAGGCUUCAUCAAAUGGCAUAUUAGCUGGUCCUGAAAAACAAAAAAAUAAAUUUAGUUCUAAAUAUCGUGCUUCAUACCUCGAUAAACCAUUUUAUAAACCCACUGUACCCACAAUUACACCAUCCACAGUAGAGGGAGAAGAAAUACAAAUAGGGCCAGACAUGAACGCAAUAUCUUUUACUAAGUCACGAAGUCCACUAACCUCUGCUGAUCUGAGACUUUCUGAAAGCCUGGCCAAGUCAUUACAAGUUAUGAAUGUUGAGGCGUCACAUCAUUCACCUUCAGUUACAGUAUCAAUUUUUGACGCUUUAGCUGAAAUACUUACGUCUACACCUAGACCUCAUAUUUCCUCAACAACUGAAGUAUUACAAAAACAAAGCACUAGUAACGAUGUUAAGCAAAUAAAUGACGGAGUGAGUAACAAUAUUAAUGUAAAUAUUGACAAAGGCUCAAUGAGCCAAGAUACAUUUAUGUCAGUGGAUAACGUAAACACCGUUGCUAAGUCUGUACAAACAACUGAACAAUCUACACCAGAUGUGGUUAACCGUAUUUCGGUUGGGGGUUUCACAACACUAUCACAAAAUACAAAGGACAGGGAUAGUACUCCUACAACCAUACCUCAAAAUUUUCCUUCUCCUACCCCUCCCCCAAGUACACCCGUAUCUGCCAGAAAACCAUUUGCUAUAAAAGUAUUAUAUGCAGAUACUGCACCAACAACAGACAAAACGACUGCCGUAAUGACUACAAAUCAACCAACGACUGACAGCUCAACAAUGGUAUAUAAUACAGUAUCUGAUCUUGUAUUGUCUAAUAAUAAAUUAGUUUCGUCUGAUCUAACUAGCAUGCUUUCAAAUAAUAUUAAAAACAUUAUUUCGAAUAUGGAUGAGGAUAGUAGAGCUAGACUUUCAGUAGAUAUGGUAAACUUAUUAAAUUCCCUAAUUCCUAAAUUAAAUAAGCCUUUAAAAUUGCAAGACGACAUUGACUCUCUUCCAAAUACAACUCCUUAUAGUUUGGAAGAUAUUAAAGAUACUGAAAAUAUCGUUAUAGAUAAUACAGAUAACACAAAUUUCCCCGAUGUAAAUAUUCUCCAAGAUAAAGUAGUGAAUGAUAGUACUGUAAAUAGCACGGGAAUGAAUAUUGAUUCAAUAAUCACAACAACAGAAACAAGUCUUACUGUAAAUAAUACUACUCCACUUCAGAACCAGAAAACUGUAUCUGUGCCUGAAAUACCCACUACUGCACCUACAUUAGUUACUGCUGAUAUGCCAAAAUUUGUACCAACGGAACGUAAUACACAUGUUGAGCUUUCUACUGCUGCAUUAUCGAAUAAUGAAAUGUCUGUUAGUCCUUCAGGCACAGAAAUAGUUUUAACAAGUAGUGAUACAAGUUUAAGCUCAAGUGUAAAUAGUGAUUUUACUAACAGACCUGUCCUAGUUCCAUUCCUCACUAAUUUUGAAUUAAAUGACUUUACUGUGAACAAUACAGAAAAUUCAGACAUAAAUUUGACAAAAUCAAGCCCCACUACACAAAUGACAUCAUUACAAGUAAAAGAAUUAGAAGAUAUAGAUAAUAUAGAAGACCCGAGUCAAUUAUCACGCCUUCAGUUAUGGAUACUUUCGAAAAAAGCAAGAGUGUUAAAAAUGAUCGAAGACAUCAUUCGAAAUCAUAAUGAUGAGAUAGCUAAUGCCCCUUUGACUGAACUAAUUGAUAGUACAAAUACAAAUAAUAUUUCACUUUCAAACCGCUUGUCUGAAAUUGUUAAUACAAUGACUUUAACAACAAUUAGUUCACUCGACUUCAAGAAUGAAGAUGACCCGACUUCAACAGAAGCAACUACUACUCAAAUGACUACUCCUUCCUCAAAUCCAUCCUUUGCCUCCUCACAAAAUACAAUAAAUAUAAUUACAACAGAAAGUUCCUUUUCAAAUGCACCAGCUAGUAUAGCUGAUAUUUCACUGGCAACUACGCCUAUAUCACUUGAUACUGCUUAUACCAUAUCACAAGAAAUAGAAACGACAGCUUUUGAAACUGCUCGUGAUAUAGCUGACGCUUUCUUUAGUUCUACGCCAUCGAGUGAUGAAUCAACAAUGACUGAAGGUUUUAUAAGAAGCCUUAAUAUUUUCGAUACAACUAUGAUUAAUUCAGAUAUCACUCCAUCUACAAUGUCAAUCGACAAUGAAGCUACGACUACUGUUUCUAAUACUGAAUCUGCAUCAGAAAUUGACUUGACGACUGAAAACAAUUUAGAAACUACAUCGAUAUCAGGUACUGAAUCAACAACAAUAGUUGCGCUAAUCAAUGAGACAAUAUCAAAUGAUGUAAAUAUGAUAAGCAAUCAUAUCAACGUCGCUACUCCAUCGUCUAUUCCGAAAAAAGAUUAUGUAAUUUUCGGAAUACUUCCUAACAAUACAGUGGUACGUAAGAAUCCUAACGACGAUCCAUUGGAAACAUUAACAGAAGCAAGUCCAUACAUCAUUUACGGCGUACUACCAAAUAACACAGUAAUACGAAAAUUUCCUAAUGGAACUAGAGUACCACGAAUCAUGCAAAAAAUUGACAUACUACCAAUUAGUCCAUGGAGCUUAAGAAAUCCAUACAGCCCCAUCCAUAACAUUCCGGCCAUUGUCAGACCGCAGUCUAACCCUAUCCGAGUAUCCACUAAUAUUGUGACAUCCAACGAUACCUCAAAUAACGGAUCGGAAAACCAAUUAACUACCGACACUGUAAAUAACCUACAAACUACGACAAAACAAAUUCGCACAGAAAAGCCUGAUGAUGGAAAUGGAAAUGCAGUAUUUAAAUUUAUACCAAUUGACGAAAUAACCGUAUCGCCACAAGAAUCUAAUGUUUUAAAACUUGCGUCGACUAAAAUGCCAAAAACAACGACAUUUAAUGAAAUGUUACAAGCAAUAAGAUCCGGUUCUAGUACACAAAUAACACCAAAUGACAUGAGUACCAUUGGUCAAACAACGUCUACACCAGUUUUUGCAAUGACACCAAUAGAAAAUUCCGAUACAACUACGCAUAUGCCGGAAUUAUCAAUAGUGGUGAAUAAAAUAGAAGCUGAACCUACAACUCUUACUCCAGAAAUUACUACAUCAACUGCAAACAUGGCAGGAACUAUGUUUACAGCUACAACUGACUCUACUACAUCAAUCCCUUUAACUAACCCUCCAGCAAAACCAACAACUACCUCCACAACGUUACGUACACCAAUGACUAGUAUUCCAUCCGUAAUUGCAACUACAGCCACUACUGAAGUAGACAACUUACCUACUCUAAUGACAAUACCUACAACUCUUCAAACAACAAGUCUUAAUCCAUCUACAGCGACAGUAACGAGCCCUACAGCCAGUGUCCUAGAAACCGCGGCUACCAAUCAAAAAGAUGCUGAGCUACUUCAAACACUGUUACAAGAAAUCGGACGUAGUCCUAAAAAUCUUAAUCGUCUUAGCAACAGUAAUCAAGACAAUAAUCAACAAAAUGAAAACGCUAAGUUGUUACAAGCACUUUUACUAGGUGGUGCACAAAGAUUGGGUAUUGAUAAAAAUGUAAAUGAAAAUAAGCAAUCCACUACAACAAUACGAUCGAUCGAAGAUGAUAUUCGACAAUUUGAAGAAGACACAAAAUUACUUAAAGCACUUUUGCUAGCCACUGGACGAAAUCCAUCAGAACUCAAUUUACCGAAUCUGGAUAACAUAAAGAGGGUUGCAGCAUCUACAACUUCGAUUCCAAUGACAACAAAGUUAAUAACUACAAAAGACCAAACAAUUACUGAGCGAACAACAACUACUACCCCCACAAUGACUACAACUAUUACAACGAGUACCACUACAAAUACCCCUAUAAUUACAACCACUUUAAAACCAACCACAAUUGGUAGAACAAACGAUUUAUCUUUUAAUGAAGACUUAAGAAAAUUGCAAGAAGAUACAAGGCUUUUACAAGCAUUGUUACAAGCUACUGGUACACAGAACACUGCCAAUUUACCAAUAAUAUCUGGAAUAACAUCUAAUGUCAGAAUUGCAUCCAACCCUUUAACUACAUCCAUAGAAUCAAAUCCCACAACUCCUGUAAAUAAUCUUCCAAUAUUUACAACUCGACCGUCACCGGUCUUCACUGCUAUCACACCAGGAACUGUUACUGUGUCUACAUUACAGCCGCAGCAACAAACGACCGAAGAAAUUGGAAUCUCAACAACAUUUCAACCGUUUAAUGUAAGAUCCACCACAACCAUACGUAGCGUGGGUGACAUAUCGACGACUAUGCGACGUGCACAAACUUCAAGAUUUCAAGUUACAACUGAGAUCCCCAGUACCUCAACUUUCUCAGAUGAAGAAGAUUUGCAGUUUUUGAAAAAUUUGAAAUCCGUUUUAAGUGCAAAAAAUAGUGGUGAAGAUCCAGAAACAGCCCUUGCUAAUCGAGUUAUAGCACUUGCUGUGGAAAGAAGUUUAAAUGAGAUACAGACCGGGAAAAAGGUUGAAACUUCAACUACAAACAGACCAACCACUACUACAACUGCUAGAGUAACAACCCCUACUUCAAAAACUACCACUGCAGAAGCUUCCACAUUAAGUACACCUUCGAUAGAAGAAGAUAUUAAGCAGUUUGAACAAGAUACCAAACUUUUACAAGCAUUGUUGAAAGCUACUGGUCAAGAUCCAUCGAAGUUUAAUAUACCUACACUAACAAAUACAAAUAGACCUGUUACUGCUUCAAUUGCAACGACAACCACUAAACCAUACGGAGCUAAAAUUGCAGUCAAAGAUGAACUAAAAAAUGAACAAGAUGAUGCGCAAUUAUUGCAAACAUUGAUAAAAUUGCAAGAUGCGCAAGAAACCACAACACAAAGGAGUAAAAUAGCAAUUACAGGACAAUCACCCGACGAGGCACUAAAAAAAUUAUUAAAUCAAGCUCAACCUACUGGAAUGGUUUCUGAAGCAACUAAAUCUUCAAUUUCCUUAAGCACAGAAUACGGAAAUAGUAAUGAUGCAUUACUGGCUGCACUACUUAAGGAACAAGGAUUUGGGCCCACAACGGCAAGUUCUUUGGAUGAGCAACUCCGACUAGCUGCUUUACUCAACCAAGUGGUAGUGACGCCGAAAGCUAGGAGAACAACAACGCCACCUCCACCACCACCAGCACCUCGUAGGCCAGUAUUAGAUGGCCUUGCGUGGUUAUGGCAACAGUGGAGAGAGACGGCACCUGGUCCAGAUGUGGCAAGACCUAACAGGAGACCUGCUCCAUCAGCGAGGCCUUCUAUAACACCAUCUGCAGCAACAACUUCCAGAGUCAACUGGUUCGGCUCUGGGCCUUUCGUUGGUAACGCCGACGAAAGGCCAACAUCAAAUAGAAUACCUCUAGAACCCCCAAGUGUCGUAACGACGGAGCAAGGCCCAGGCAGGGGGCAGUUGGUAUCAGCGGCUAUUAAUGUAACUCGAGCCUUCUCACAGUUCUUAGGGGCCGCAAUUCAGGGAGCAGCUCAAACUGUACAAAGUGUCAUACGAGCAGGCCAGAGGGUGGCUUCGGACGCGUACACAAACGGCUCGGGAUAAAACGACCAUGGACUUAAAACUUUUCCGAAAGUGUCAUAGUAUGCACUAUGUGUUGCGAAUGCUCAAAUGUAAAUAUUUUCUUUAAUUUAGGAGCCUCUCGUCAAGUUAUAUAUAAAGAAGUGGUUAUUGUUUAAGUUUGAACAAUACAGUUAGUCAAGGGAACCAAAAUUGUGUGUUAUUAUUGAAACUGUGAACUCUCUUCUGUUGUUUUCUUCGUCAUUUUUCUCCAUAUUUGAUAGUUUUUUAAAACGAUGUUUAAAUGUGUAGGGGGAGGUCGCUUGAACUGGUUGAUUUUAUCUGUCGUUACUAUUGUAACAUUUUU